UCUUUCGAUUGUCGAAGCUUCGGGUAUUGUAAGAUCCCGAAGUCUAGGCUUUCCUUUGAACGUUAUUUUAACUGGAUUUUAUCACCAUGAUACUAUUCAAGAAUUAAAUUUACCUGAAUUUGAAGAUAAGGAUGUAGUGCUUGCUACUGGAAAUUUUCGCAUCGUUGAAGGCACCGGCCAAAAUGAUGAAAAAUAUUCUAUUUUAAAAAUUACCUUGAACGAUGUUGUUCGUUUUGAUACCCUUGAUCCUAACAAUUUACCUGCGUUCCCGAUAUUAAUUAACAUGACGGCAUUGGUUCAAGAAGACCCAGAAAUCGAUAACGAAGAUGUAGUCAUUAAUGUUUUGACUAAAAAUUAUGUCGACCAAGGUUAUAAUAAUCUUAAAUUAACGUGCUAUCAUCCUACUUCUGCACAAUAUUUGACGAAUACAACAGCCGUUAUAAAGAAAGAUUCCGUAAUCUAUGUUAACGGGGAACUCAUGAUUACUGAUGAUGAUAACAUAGUUCAUAUACGAAAUGUUUCAUUUCCGGAAUACCAAAAAUUAAAUACGAUUACAAAAAGCAGCCCAAUGCAAUUUUCAUAG